ACUCAUCUAGCUCGCGCGAUAACACUUGCACACGAAAAACACCAUAAAAUUGCCGUGUUUUCCUAACAUCAACUUCACAACCUAGUUGGGUCACACUUGAGUAACAUGUCUAACGAAAAUUCCACCCGGAGCGAUAGCUCUAACUCGUCUGAUUCAGAAGAAUCGUGCGUGCUGUCCGCGCUGAAACUGGACGGAGAAACUCCGGCAUGCAAGGUGGCGGACUCGAAGACACAAGCCGAUGGGGCUGCUGGCGGCGUUUCGCCGGGUGGGUCGCCGUCCGGAAACACGGCAAAUUCCCUCGGUCUAGCGGAGGGUCUGGACAAGCUGCUGCAGAAACAACGCAGUGAUUUGCUGUUUGAGCUGAGGAAACUCCAGCACGGCCAACGACCGGUGACAAACACAGACAGACGCGAAACACUGGAGGAGUUCUUCUCCGAUGCCCUCGGUCAGUCGUCAACCCCAGGUCAACCGGAGGGUGGUGUCCCAGCGAGACGGCAAGCCAGCCGGCCAGAGAGCGUUGUGUCUGAAGUCCAGGGACUGUCUGAGCGCCGCCCCGUAUCAUCCGUGCUCGGCAGCGAGUCGUUCCGCCGUAACCUUGAGGAUGUCAUCCGCGGGACUCUGGUCCGACAAGAUCGAGAACUUCAACAGGCCAUACGUCUGCGGGCAGCCGGCUUUGAUGUGGGGAAUUCUAGAGCCCCGUCCACCGGGUCGAACGCGGACACGCUCCAGCAGCACAUGGAGAACUUGAGCCAGCUCAGCCAUUCGUCUUCAAGUUCACACCCAUCGGGCCUGGGCGAUAUGUCGGUCUUUCCACCCCCGCCACCCCCACCGGUGCAACCCAUGAUGCCUCAACAGCCACAACUGCAGCAGUUUCAGCAGCAACCUGGCAUGCAGUGGCGACCGCAGCAGCCGCAAUGGCAGCCCAACAUGUACCACCAACAACCCUGGCAGCAGCAGCAAUACGCACAGUGGCAGCAGCAACAACAGCAGCAGCAACAGUGGCAACAACAACAACAGCAGUGGCAGCCCCCAGUCCAACCGCAACAACCUUGGCUUAUGCAGAAUAGCCCUGCACCGCGGCCAAAUAACAACGGCGGCAUAAACAUGGUAGCCCUCCUGCAACAUGUACAGAGGGAGGAGACGGUCUUUGAAAUCAGCGACCUGGUCCAACGCCAGGUGGUUUCAUCGAUGCUCAACAGCAACUUCAGGGGGACCCUAGAAAACACCAUGAUGGGUCGUCUACAGCAGACCGAGGCUGACGGCCUGAGUGUGCAGAACUUUGUCCAGUCACUGCAGCAGAGCCACCGUCACCAGCGCAACGACUUCAGCCACCUCGGUAUCCAUGCUCCAGCCAGACAGCAAUCUGCACCGGUUUCUGCUGGUGGCCCCGCAACAUGGGCUGGUUCCGAGCUGGACACCAUGCGUCGGCAGAUGGAGGAGAUGCAGACCAUGAUGCGGCUGACCUUUGAACUCCAGCUUGACAUGCAGAGAUCCAUCAGACAGGAGGUGGCUGCUGCCCUCAAUGGCCAGCAUCGGCCAGAUUCCAACAGUCAAGCCGUCGCUGCUCCAAUCCCGCCCAGCCAGCCGGCCAGUGAGGGCCAGUGCGUCAUCUGUUUGGAGAAGUCCGUGGACGCGGUGUUGUACCAGUGCGGCCACAUGUGCUGCUGCCUGUCCUGCGGUCUGCGACUGAAAGGAAUGGGUUCCCACUGUCCGAUGUGCCGGGCCCCGAUCCGCGACGUCAUCCGGGCCUACAGAUGCCAGAGGGAUUAAGAAGGGAUUAACCCUAGUCUGGAUAUGGAUUAUGUUCCCCCAUUGCAGCGGGUCCUAAUCCCUAGCAAGCUGCUGGGGUACAGAUGCCACUUAAUAAUGUGAAUUUAUAAAGUGCAGAUAUCCACCAAUAUUUGUGCUCAAUUAAGGCGCUGCAUCAUUAUUAUCUUGCUUAUUUGGCCAAUGAAACAUUCCAAAUACAAUCUCAGCUCCCUGGGAAGUAUCCAGCUUGAUGCAGUCAUUUUUGGCACAGAGCAGCUAGAACCAUGGCCAUCUCUACCCUUACAGGUACCCAUUUACUCCCGGGUGGAGAGAAGCAAUGAGUGACAAAGUGCCUUGCCCAAGGGCACACGCACCAUGACCCCAGGCUGGACUCAAACCAACAACCUGCAGAAUUACCCGCAGACCACAAAUUCAACACUCCAGACCAUGAGGCCACGUCACUCCACACAUCAAGAUGAAAAAAUCAAAGCCAUUCUUGAGAACUGUUGCGCUCUGACCUUGUUGAAUUGACCUAUCGCCUUUUGCGAGUUAGCCACGCCCCUUAGACAACCCUAUGGAAUUUUUGUACAUUAAGUUUUGUCUCAGAUUUUGCACGUUCCGCGUCCAUUUGCAUAUCAUGUAAUUAGACAGUAUUUCACAAGCUGCGUUGACGAGAUUUUCCGGCGAUAGGUUAAUUCAGACGUGCUGUAUUCAAGCUUAAUGCAUGUACAUGAAGUAGGCUCAGAAUUUUCCCGGUCCUCGGACUACUUGGCUGCGGCUUUCAUUACACAUACGUCUAUGUAAGCGGCUGAAUCCACUUCACAUAGACACGUGUGUUACAGGCAGCCUUAUAGCCACAUUAUUAACUUGUUUCAGACUUUUCAGAAAGCUGUUGUAAGACGCUCGCUUGCAGGACCCACUGUGAAAUUCAACGGCAGACUAAAACAAAGAUUACAAAAUUAAGUUGUCGGUUUUUAUUCAAAUUUCACUUAAUUGAAAGCAUGCGAUGAAUUGUACAGAAUAACUCAACAAUGCUUUCAUGGGCUUUAAAGUUGCAAAAAUGUAUGCAUUGUGUAUUUAACCGAAGAUUGUUUGUUUUACCCAUAAUCAUAAUAAUAACAAUUUACACUUAUAGAGCACAUAACAUUAACAUUUCAAUGCGCUUAACAAAGAUAGUUAUAUUACCAUUGCAAUACUGUAAUUUAUGUUGUAAAGAAAAGUUACACUGAAGAGCAUUUACUUUAAUACUGUAGAAUAUUCUGAAGUUUGAUACAUGUAGUUUUUUAUCAAUAAAACUUUUGCAAUAUUGAAUAUAA